AUGGACCCGGGAAGUGGCAGUGCUCAUGUCAGUGGUAGUGAGGAUGCAGGGCUCUCAGGGGCAGGUGGAGCUGAUUCAGAUGCAGUAUUACGCACUUCUUCUAUUUCGAUCUUCAAUGGAACAAAUUUCUCUAAUUGGAACAAACAGAUUCAGUUUCUCCUUGGUGUUUUAGAUCUUGACUUAUCUCUGCGAAUUGAUAAACCUGCUGCUAUUACUGAAACAAGUAGUUUGGAGCAGCAAGCUUUGUCUAGGUCAUGGGAAAGAUCGAACAGAUUAAGCAUUAUGUUUAUGCGAAUGUGUAUUGCAAAUAACAUUAAAUCAAUGCUUCCUCAACUUGAAAAUGCAAAGGAAUAUCUUAAGGCUAUGAAAGAUCGGUUUCCUUCAGCAGACAAGUCCUUUGCAAGGAGAUUAAUGGUUGAACUUACCACCAUGAAGUUUGAUGGUAGCAAAGGAAUGAAUGAACAAGUCCUUGAAAUGGCUAAUCUAGCUGCUAGAUUGAAAUCACUGGGCAUGAAUGUUGAUGAAAGUUUCCUUGUUCAGUUUAUUCUGAAUUCUUUGCCUUCUUAG